UGUGAGGACCAGUCCAGAAGGACCGGUAGACGACUUGCUGCCCCUAUUUGGUGUCGUACGACGAGAAAUGAAAACUUUGGAACGAAGGCAUGUGUUUAUGCGUAGAUUAACUGGCAGUAGCAUCCUCCCCUUCUCGAAACAUCAUUUCACAGCAUAAAAUUCAUCUCCUCUCACGGUGACCAAUUUCUUCUCCCAAUCUCUUUGCUCUUUUCUUUUUCGCCAAAAGCUCUCUGCAAUCUUCCACACGCAGAUCUUGCCACCUCUUUCAUUUCUUUUUCCUUUUCUUUUUCUUUUACUUCUUUCCUUUUCUUGCCACUAGCGCACCAACUUCCUCUACUUAACGUAGCUACUUUGGUAUAUUAUUGUCUGCGAAAGUUCUGUCUUGGUCCAAGACUUUGCAGCUGAACCAACAGCAUGGCGGAUCAGUGCUCCAAUGAAGGGUCGAGUAGUGGAAAUAUUUCGGCAGAAUGUUCAGAUUCAACUGUUCAACUCAAUAUCAAGACUCUAGAUUCCCGCAUCUUCAGUUUUCAAGUGGACAAAAAUAUGCCUGUUUCAUUGUUCAAAGAGAAAAUUGCAAAUGAAAUUGGUGUUCCGGUUAGCCAGCAACGACUGAUAUUUAGAGGAAAAGUCUUAAAGGAUGAGCACGUUCUUUCUGAGUAUCAUGUUGAAAAUGGGCAUACGUUGCAUUUAGUUGAAAGACAACCGAAUCAGUCACAGUCACAGGCUUCUGGUCCGAGUUCUGGUGAGCCAACAACCGGUACGAGUGGGAACCGAGGAAAUGAUAUAGGCUCAGGAGCUCCUCGUAAUCGUGUUGGGCAAAUUUCACAUAGUGUUGUUCUUGGAACAUUUAAUGUGGGGGAACAAGGUGAAGGCAUUGUUCACGACCUCACUCGGGUUAUUGGGCAUGUUUUAAAUUCUAUUGGAAAUGGUGGCCAGAGCACAAUUAGUGGUCCUAAUGCCAUACAAACUUCCUCAGCUCUCCCAGGGAAUGAAACUGAAGGAAUGCAUGCUGGAAAUCAGAACCUAGCAGGAAAUCAGACACCAUCUGGACAGACGUUUCCUGGUCCUACAUUCCAAUCUGUGUCUCAUGUUGUUCAGAUUCCUGUGGCAGCAGGAGCCAUACCCCUUCCUUCUCUCAAUGCACCAAUUCCUCAUUCAUUGAAUACACUGUCUGAGUUUAUGAAUCGCAUGGAACAGACACUAACACAAAAUGGUUAUGAGCCAAAUCUUUCAUCAGCUAACCCUGUGGAUCAGCGAGUGGAAUUGCCUUCUAAUGCACAAGGGUUGCCGACACUUGAAGCAUUAAGCUCUGUUUUGCAUCGUGCAGAACAGUUGCUUGGUGGUCAAGCUGUUGCUGCACUAUCUCAUAUUGCAGGGCACUUGGAAAGAGAAGGAACUUCUGCUGAUCUACGUACAAGGGGUCAAAUACAGUCAGAGUCGAUGCAAAUAGGACUUGCUAUGCAGCAUUUGGGUGCACUUCUUCUUGAACUUGGCCGAACAAUGUUGACACUGCGAAUGGGACAGUCUUCUGCAGAAUCUGUUGUUAAUGCUGGACCAGCAGUUUACAUUUCUCCAUCGGGGCCAAAUCCUAUCAUGGUGCAGCCUUUUCCACUUCAGACAAGCUCCCUCUUUGGUGGUCCAGUUCCCUCCUCAACUUCUGCAACUUUAGGCACCAUUGGUAUUGGAAAUGCUCCUAGGAACGUGAACAUUCAUAUACAUGCUGGCACCUCUCUUGCACCAAUUGUUUCAGCAAUUGGUUCUAGGCCAAAUAAUGGAGAAGGGACGAGAAGUGAACACCGUAAUGAGCCUGGCUCUGGUGAUUCAGGUUCAACACGGGUAUUACCGGUUAGGGUUUCAGCAACUAUCCCAUCACACCCUCCUGGCAUUGGAGUGUCUAGUAGCACACAAACUGGGUUCGGUGUUUCUACUUCACAGCCACCUUCUGAUUCUGCUUCGUUGUCGUCUGUUUUAGCUGAAAUCAAUUCUCGCCUUAGAAAUGUUGUUGGUAAUAUGCAAGGAGAUAACACAGUUCCAUCAGGUCAAAUGGAAUCAAACAGCAGGGGCUUGUCUUCUGGAUCUGAAUCAGGACCUGUUACAGGAAAUGAACGAGAUACCAUGGAGAUAAAUGGCAUUGGUGCUGCUGCCAGUGCAUCCUCGGUUGGCUCUACUUCUGAAAGUGAAAUACAGAAGCUCCAAACUGAGGCCGUCCAAACCUCAAGUAAUGAUGAGAGAGAUGUUUUGGUUGACAAAUUUGUUUCAAGUUCUUCCAACCAAGAUUUACAAAGUUGUUCUAGUGGAGAAACAAUAAUAGGACCAGAAAAAGAACAAGAUGUGACUGAACCUGUCAAAGCUGCUCCACUAGGAUUGGGUGUGAGUGGUUUAGAGCGCAAGAGGCGGACUAGACUUCAACCUCCAGGAAGUAAAGGUUCUGAUGAUGGAUCAACUAGUUCUUCUGUCAAUCAAAAUCAGCAAACCAGAACAGGCAGUCAACAUAUAUUGCAAAGUCUUGCAAGUCAUGGAUCUGCUGUAAAUUCAAGAAAUGCGAAUGGGCCAUCCCAGCUGCCCUUGCCCUCCAGUGAUCGCCCAAUCGAUGUGGCUGGUUUAAUGUCUCAAGUUUUACAUAGUCCUGCUCUGAAUGGUUUGUUGGAAGGAGUUUCACAGCAAACCGGAGUUGACUCACCUGAUGGCUUGAGGAAUAUGUUGCAGCAGUUCACGCAAAGCCCACAGAUGAUGAACACGGUCAAUCAAAUUGUCCAACAUGUUGGCAGUCAGGAUGUGGGGAAUAUGUUUGCUGGAAUGGGAGGAGGGCAGGGUGGUGGUGGUAUUGACUUUUCAAGGAUGUUUCAACAGAUGAUGCCCAUUGUAUCUCAAGCCCUUGGUGGGGCAAAUCCUCCCUCAAUAUUCCCUGCUGAAGAAACAGAACUCCGUGCACCCCACCAAGAUGAAUUUUCUGAAUAUGGAAGUUUACAGCAUGAGCUUGAACCACUGGCCGAAAGGAUUGAGCACCUGAGACGCCCCACAGAUGUUUUCCGUGCGGUAGCUGAAAAUGCUGUCCAGCUAUCUGGCAGUGGAAGUGCUUCUAAUGAUCUUCUGGAUGAGUUAUGCAGCAAUGAGAGUCUUGCAAGGGAAUAUGUCGAUAUGUUGCGACGUGAUGCUAGUCAACUGCUCGAGGGACAUUCUGAGCCGGAGAAAUUGUAAUUCUACCUUGUAUGAAGACAUAUUUUCUGCUCCAUUAACCUUCCUGAAAGUCCUAGUAAACGAGUUUUUGGCGUGUUGUGCCCUAAAUAAUUAAUUGAUCUGGAUCAUUUUGACAGACUUCCAGAUCAUGUGUGAAAAGUAACAAACCACAUGCCUGACGAUUGUUUCGAAUGGCCUUCCGCUGUCAUAUAUUAUGCCCUUUUGGUUCGGACAGUGGAUAUUUUAAGGAUUGGUUGGGGAUGGAAAAAAAUUCAGCAUUUCUGUAGCAUGUAAUCGUUUCACAGUGCUCAUGAAUUUUGUUAUGUAUGAUUAUUUGUAACUUUUUAAAAAAUGAUUAAAAUAAGAGAAACAAAGGACGUGUAUACUAAA